GCUCCCCCUAUCGGCAAUAUAGUUUUCUUUUAACAUUCAGUCGAGUUAUUCUUCCAUUUUGUUCCGCAGAGCAAUGUCGCAUCGGAAGUUCAGCGCUCCCCGUCAUGGCUCCAUGGGCUUUUACCCGAAAAAAAGGUCUCGCAGGCAUCGCGGAAAAGUAAAGGCAUUCCCCAAGGAUGAUCCGUCCAAGCCUGUUCAUUUAACUUCCUUUAUCGGCUAUAAAGCUGGUAUGACCCACGUGGUUCGUGAAGCAGAUCGACCUGGUUCAAAGAUCAACAAAAAGGAGAUUGUGGAAGCUGUGACAAUUUUGGAAACGCCUCCAAUGGUCAUAGUAGGUGUUGUAGGUUAUAUUGAGACUCCGCACGGUUUAAGAGCUUUAGCUACUGUUUGGGCUGAACAUUUGUCAGAGGACUGUCGCAGACGAUUCUACAAGAAUUGGUACAAGAGCAAGAAGAAGGCGUUCACCAAGGCUUCUAAGAAGUGGUCCGAUGAUUUGGGCAAAAAAUCAAUUGAACGAGACUUCAAGAAAAUUAUCAAGUACUGCAAGGUUGUUCGGGUUAUUGCCCACACCCAGAUGAAGCUUCUGAAGCAGCGUCAAAAGAAAGCGCACAUUAUGGAAAUCCAACUGAACGGCGGAACAGUUGCCGAUAAAGUCGCAUGGGCCAGGGAGCACCUGGAAAAACCUAUUCCGAUUGGCCAAGUCUUUGCUCAGGACGAAAUGAUCGAUUGCAUCGGAGUGACCAAGGGCAAAGGGUACAAAGGCGUUACGUCUCGUUGGCACACCAAGAAAUUGCCUCGCAAAACCCACAAGGGUCUUCGCAAGGUGGCAUGUAUCGGGGCGUGGCAUCCGUCGAGGGUAUCCUUUACUGUCGCCCGCGCAGGUCAGAAAGGUUACCAUCAUCGUACCGAAAUCAACAAAAAGAUAUACCGUAUCGGAGUUGGUAUUCAUACCAAGGACGGCAAAGUGAUCAAAAACAACGCGUCGACUCAGUACGAUCUAAGCGAGAAAAGUAUCACUCCCAUGGGUGGCUUUCCCCAUUAUGGCGAAGUUAACAACGAUUUCAUCAUGAUCAAGGGUUGCUGCAUGGGUCCCAAGAAGCGCGUCAUUACCUUAAGAAAGUCCUUGUUAGUGCACACCAAGCGUAUCGCGUUGGAGAAGAUCAAUCUUAAAUUCAUCGACACAUCUUCCAAAUUCGGGCACGGUCGUUUCCAAACGCCCGCGGAUAAGGCUUCCUUCAUGGGACCCCUCAAGAAGGACAGGAAGGAGGAGGAAAAGGCCGCUGCGACUCCAGCAACAGUGAGCACAAGCACCUAGGUGUAAUGGAUAUAUGGAUGAUUGUAUCCAAUUUGUUGUAAGAUAAUUACAAUAAAAAUGAGAAAGUUUA